CAAAGACGCUAUGAAAUGGGUAUUCGGACCAAAGCCCAGGGAUCAAUGCAUGCAUCACUCUGAUUCACAUUGUGAUGAGUCCAAACCUUGCCUCCAGGUUGCCUCCUGGCACCAGCAGAAUGCUGAGGAGAGCUUAGGAAAGGGGCGCUCACUGCUCAGUCGCCUCGUUAGCAUCUGGGUUCCCGCGACAUGCAUUGAACUGCAGUCUGGCACAGGAGACCAGUGAGAAAGAUAGUUUGAGGAGAGGAGCCUAGUCACGAUGGCGACGACUUGUGUCGCAACCACUUGCAGACUUGAAACUGGUGGUAUGAUUUUCCGCCGCAUAGAUGCCUCAAUCCCUUGUGCAGCCAGAUUGGCCCCUCAACUUUUAAACUUGGCAAAAGGAUGGCAGCCGUUUGGCUGGAUAAAAGUUGGUGAAAAGGGAAGAAAAUGGUGGGCGCGUCGCCACCACUCAGUAAAACACCAAAGAAGAAGAGCAGAUCAAGGUACUUGUUUGAUACUCCCUGCGAUGGCGUCUGUUCAGCAUUGCAUGAUGAAAGGACAGACAUGCAAAAGUAGUAAGCGAACAAGGGACAGCAGAGUCCUGGAAAGUACUGAAGAGACUGCGUUGGGAGGCUAUGAGGAGCGAGGUUCAGUGGGGACCACUGAUCUGCACCUGAAUAGACUGCCUUUCUCAUGGUGGUGGUGGCAUACAAAUAGGGAAGCUAGCUGGACUAGGGCAGCAUUUUCUGCGCUUACUGCCUUUCUGCUCCUUUUGGGAACUUUGGAGACGCCAGCUUUUGCCGCUGCGGCGGCGGCCGCGCCUGUCCAAAAGGUUCCAGAGUUGAUAGUCACGCUUAGAGAAGAAAAUCAUAUUCGCAAAGUAUUGAGCGAGUUGAGUGUUGCUGAGAUGCCAGAGGCUGGCUCUCCUGAUGUUGGCCAGACCAGCCUCUUCUCUGCGGAAAAUGAAGACUUGGCUGCGGACUUGUUUGAGAAGCUUUCGCCAUCAGUGGUGUCCAUCCAGGACUUCAAGUUGGCCCCUCUCAAUCGAAACGGUAGAGGCAAUCCACCAGAACCCAUUCUUGAAGGCCAGGGAUCUGGCUUUGUCUGGGAUUCUUACGGACACAUUGUUACUAACUACCAUGUUGUCGCAAAGCUUGCUACUGAUCCCUCAGGACGACAAAGAUGCAAGGUAACUGUCAAAGGCCACGGCAAGACUACUACCGUUUAUGACGCGACUCUAGUGGGAGCAGACUCAAAUCGAGAUAUUGCUGUCCUGAAGAUUGACGCUUCACCCACCGAGCUGCAGCCGCUUCCUAUUGGCACGUCAGCGGAUCUGCGCGUGGGACAGUCGUGCUACGCGAUUGGGAAUCCGUUCGGCUUCGGUCAAACGUUAACAACGGGGGUUGUUAGUGGCCUCGAUCGAAUGAUUCCCUCUCCGAGUGGCAAGCCGAUCCCGGGGGCUAUUCAAACGGAUGCCGCCAUCAACUCAGGGAACUCGGGCGGACCCCUAUUUGACUCCUUUGGGCGCCUGAUCGGGGUGAACACCGCAACCUUCACCAGACAAGGAAGCGGGCAGUCGUCUGGCGUGAACUUCGCGAUCCCUGUUGAUGUGGUGUACCGGAUCGUUCCGAGAUUAAUUGUUUAUGGCUCGCUAAAUUAUGAGAACGGUUUGAAACCUUGAGCUUUUCGAGGAGGCACGCCGAGUGUUGCAAUGUUGUACGUUAGGAAUAGAACCGCUCGGCUUCCCAUUGCUGGCGGUUGUAUAUAGCCGGUUCAGGGCCGGUUCACUCCAAAAUCGUGACAUGAGCACUGCAACGAGGCUCGAAGAUCAUGUGGCUUUGUGAAGCC